AUGGGUGGAAAUCGUUCCAUUAAGUUGCGUAUACCUAGACCGGGGAUCUACGUAUAUUAUAUAAGGAGGAUAACUCUACCCUUCCUCCUAGCGUCUUCGACUGCUAUAUCUUACUGUGGAGAAUCCUCUUUUCCGGAAGCUUCUUUAGCGGGCGUAAGUAUCACCGAGGCCUCUUUAAUUCCUAUUAGCAAGAAUAGUUUACCGGACUAUAGAGAGUUCCUACUAGGUUUUGAACCUCUAGAAGGUACUUAUUCUAGGGAAAAUCUAAGCUUAGUUCUUCUGAAACGGCUUAAGGACUAUAAUAUUGCGCAUCGAAUCUUAGUAAUAACCACUGAUAAUGCUUCGAAUAACCAAACCUUGAUGGAUAGUCUAAAUUCUAAGAUUGAAACCCUAGCGGAGGUAACCGGUGUACUAGUCGUCCGAGUUCUAUAUAUUAUAUAUAUGAUUUAA